GACGAAGUUUUGCUCUUGUUGCCCAGGCUGGAGUGCAAUGGUGGGAUCUCACUGCAACCUAUGCCUCCCAGGUUCAAGUGAUUCUCCUGCCUCAGCCUCCUGAGUAGCUGGGAUUACAGGUUCCCGCCACCACGCCCAGCUAAUUUUUUGUAUUUUUAGUAGAGACGGGUUUUCGCCAUGUUUGUCAGGCUGGUCUUGAACUCCUGACCUCAGGUGAUCCACCCGCCUCGGCCUCCUAAAGUGCUGGGAUUACAGGCGUGAGCCACCACACCCAGCUCUGAGGACCUUUUUUUUUUCUGUCAGCUAGCUUGGUUAGUUUUAAUAUAGUCUAUUACUGUGACAUGUCCAGAUUUCCCCAUUUAGCCCCAGAAUGUAAUAGAGAAGCUUUGUCUAAACCACUGCCUAAUAAAGGACCAUUUAUGGCAUUUGGUUGUUUCCCCUAAGUCGAUUUUAAUCUUAAGUAACUUUUUUUUUUUUUUUGAGACAGGGUCUUGCUCUGUUGCCCAGGCUGGAGUGCAGGGGUGCGAUCUCGGCUCCCUGCAAGCUCCGCCUCCCUGCAAGCUCCGCCUCCCUGCAAGCUCCGCCUCCCUGUAAGCUCCGCCUCCCUGUAAGCUCCGCCUCCCUGUAAGCUCCGCCUCCCUGUAAGCUCCGCCUCACGGGUUCACGCCAUUAUCCUGCCUCAGCCUCCGGAGUAGCUGGGACUACAGGCACCCGCCACCAUGUCCAGCUAAUUUUUUUGUAUUUUUGUUAAGACGGGGUUUCACCGUAUUAGCCAGGAUGGUCUCGAUCUCCUGACCUCGUGAUCCGCCCGCCUUGGCCUCCCAAAGUUCUGGGGUUACAGGCGUGAGCCACCGCGCCCGGCAAUCUUAAGUAACUUUUUGACAGAAUAUCUGACACUGAGGAGGCAAGCCUUUGGAAAUAAAGUUGCCUGGAUUUUAAAAAAGCAGGAAAUCCAAAUGGUAUUUAUUGUAAUUUGGAAAUCUUAGAUUUGGAGAUCAUCUGCUUGCUUGAUGUUACUUUCCACAGACUUGUUGGAAAAAGAUUUAUCAGAUGUUUGUGUUUCAGUACUGAGGUGGUUGGAACAGUAAACAUCAGAUAUCAAACACGGAUUACAUCCUGUCUCUUUAGGGUUUGGUCAGAGAAGAGGAGGCAUAGGAAUCUGUCACAGUUAUGCUUGCUUCUUUACUUUCUUGUUUGUGAAGCUCUUCCCUGUCAUUUAGUAUUAUGGGGCACCUGUUACAGCAUUACAGUUAAUGGUCUGUCAGAAUUUGCAUUAUAAAACUGGUUUUCCUGUGAGGUUUAUAAAACAGUUAUAGAGGGAAAUAUGACAUAUUAGCGAACACACCUUGGUUUUUAUUUGGGUUGGCAUUAAGAGGUUUAGCUUGAUUGUUAAAACAGUGAAAGUUACGUCACGUUUAAACUUAUUUCCUCCCUUGUACAAGCCUUUAGAGAAUUGGCACCAUAUUCAACAAUACUUUUUUUUUUUUUUUUAAACAUGAAGGGUGGGUUUGCUUGGAGUUUCUAGUUUCUUAGAAGGUAUCAGCAAUCUUAAAUUAGGAAAGUAUUUUAAUUCCUGAGACAGGUAAGUUGUUUCCUUAAAAGUCUUAAAUCUGUUUUCUCCUUUUUCAAGUCCUUGCAGCGCUUUAUAUGACCAUGUAUUUACAAUCUGGACAAUUACUAUGUUUGUUCUUUUUAUGUUUGUGGAAUGUAAUAUCUCAGAAAGUUGAGAUUUAAUUGAGUCUAUUGUCCUUUGCCUAGUGUAUUUCUCAUAUGAAAACUUUAGUUUGUGAUCAUGAGGGUGUAUGCAUUAUUUUUAUUUUUUCUUUUUUUGCAGUUCAUAGCCCUGAUGAAGCAAGUUACUCUGCUCUCCUAAUAAAUGCAAGAAAAUGACCUUGGAGGGCCUUUUUAAUUACACAUAGAAGUGACAAUUUGCUGCCUGCUGUUUCCCGGGGAGAUCAUGAAACGAGGUCGCCUUCCCAGCAGCAGUGAGGAUUCUGACGACAAUGGCAGUAGAAGAGGAGAAGGAGGAAGAGAAGGCAUUGGUCUUGCUGUCUUAGGGGUGGCAGAGAGAAAAUUCUCACGCCUGUCAACUACUUGGUCCCAGAAUUCCCGAUCCCAGCAUAGGAGAAGCUCCUGCUCCAGACAUGAAGAUCGAAAGCCUUCGGAGGUGUUUAGGACAGACCUGAUCACUGCCAUGAAGUUGCAUGACUCCUACCAGCUGAACCCGGAUGAGUACUAUGUGUUGGCAGAUCCCUGGAGACAGGAAUGGGAGAAAGGGGUCCAGGUGCCUGUGAGCCCGGGGACCAUCCCUCAGCCUGUGGCCAGGGUUGUGUCUGAAGAGAAAUCCCUCAUGUUCAUCAGGCCCAAGAAGUACAUCGUGUCAUCAGGCUCUGAGCCUCCCGAGUUGGGCUAUGUGGACAUCCGGACGCUGGCUGACAGCGUGUGUCGCUAUGACCUCAAUGACAUGGAUGCUGCAUGGCUGGAACUGACCAAUGAAGAAUUUAAGGAGAUGGGAAUGCCUGAACUAGAUGAAUACACCAUGGAGAGGGUCCUAGAGGAAUUUGAGCAGCGAUGCUACGACAAUAUGAAUCAUGCCAUAGAGACUGAGGAAGGCCUGGGGAUCGAAUAUGAUGAAGAUGUUGUCUGUGAUGUCUGCCAGUCUCCUGAUGGUGAGGACGGCAAUGAGAUGGUGUUCUGUGACAAAUGCAACAUCUGUGUGCACCAGGCCUGUUAUGGAAUCCUCAAGGUACCAGAGGGCAGCUGGCUGUGCCGGACAUGUGCCCUGGGGGUUCAGCCAAAAUGUCUGCUGUGUCCGAAGAAGGGUGGAGCUAUGAAGCCCACCCGUAGCGGAACCAAGUGGGUCCACGUUAGCUGUGCUCUGUGGAUCCCUGAGGUGAGCAUUGGCAGCCCGGAGAAGAUGGAGCCCAUCACCAAGGUGUCACACAUUCCCAGCAGCCGGUGGGCGCUAGUGUGCAGCCUCUGCAAUGAGAAGUUUGGGGCCUCUAUACAGUGCUCUGUGAAGAACUGCCGCACAGCCUUCCAUGUGACCUGUGCUUUUGACCGGGGCCUGGAGAUGAAGACCAUCUUAGCAGAGAAUGAUGAAGUCAAGUUCAAGUCCUAUUGCCCAAAGCACAGCUCACAUAGGAAACCCGAGGAGAGUCUUGGCAAGGGGGCUGCACAGGAGAAUGGGGCCCCUGAGUGUUCCCCCCGGAAUCCGCUGGAGCCCUUUGCCAGCCUUGAGCAGAACCGGGAGGAGGCCCACCGGGUGAGUGUCCGUAAGCAGAAGCUGCAGCAGCUGGAGGAUGAGUUCUACACCUUCGUCAACCUGCUGGAUGUUGCCAGGGCUCUGCGGCUGCCUGAGGAAGUAGUGGAUUUCCUGUACCAGUACUGGAAGUUGAAGAGGAAGGUCAACUUCAACAAGCCCCUGAUCACCCCAAAGAAAGAUGAAGAGGACAAUCUAGCCAAGCGGGAGCAGGAUGUCUUGUUUAGGAGGCUGCAGCUGUUCACGCACCUGCGGCAGGACCUGGAGAGGGUUCGGAACCUCACUUACAUGGUGACCCGCAGGGAAAAGAUUAAACGGUCUGUGUGCAAAGUCCAGGAACAGAUAUUCAAUCUUUACACUAAGCUUUUGGAGCAAGAAAGAGUUUCAGGUGUGCCUUCUUCCUGCUCCUCCUCCUCACUGGAAAACAUGCUUUUGUUUAACAGUCCUUCUGUUGGCCCUGAUGCUCCCAAGAUAGAGGACUUGAAGUGGCAUUCUGCGUUCUUCAGAAAACAAAUGGGUACUUCUUUGGUUCAUUCGCUGAAAAAGCCCCAUAAGCGAGAUCCUUUGCAGAAUAGCCCUGGAAGUGAAGGCAAAACCCUGCUGAAGCAGCCAGACCUGUGUGGUAGAAGGGAGGGGAUGGUGGUCCCAGAGAGCUUUUUGGGUUUGGAAAAGACCUUUGCAGAAGCACGUCUCAUAUCAGCACAACAGAAAAAUGGUGUGGUGAUGCCAGACCACGGGAAAAGAAGAGACAAUCGUUUUCAUUGUGAUCUCAUUAAAGGAGACUUAAAGGACAAAUCUUUUAAACAGAGUCACAAGCCUCUCAGGUCCACAGAUGUGUCCCAGAGGCAUCUGGACAACACAAGAGCUGCCACCUCCCCUGGAGUGGGGCAGUCAGCACCUGGCACAAGGAAGGAGAUAGUGCCCAAGUGCAAUGGCUCCCUAAUCAAAGUAAACUUUAAUCAGACUGCAGUCAAAGUGCCUACAACACCUGCCAGCCCAGUGAAAAACUGGGGAGGAUUCCGGAUUCCAAAGAAGGGGGAACGGCAGCAGCAGGGAGAGGCCCACGACGGGGCCUGCCACCAGCACUCAGACUACCCAUAUUUGGGCUUAGGCCGAGUUCCAGCCAAGGAAAGGGCAAAAAGCAAAUUAAAAUCCGACAAUGAGAAUGACGGGUAUGUCCCCGAUGUGGAAAUGAGUGACUCAGAGAGUGAGACAUCAGAAAAGAAAUGUAUACACACCAGCAGCACUAUCAGCAGAAGGACAGACAUUAUCAGGAGAAGCAUCUUGGCUUCUUGAUGCAACAGAGAUGAUGCGGAAGCCCUUUGGGCUCGUCAUUGGGUUUGCUAGAGGAGAGCUCUGGUGUGGGGGAGAAGCAGAAACCCAUUAAUCCUGAGCUACACAAACACAUUUACUUGCAAUUCAGAUUAAUUUUUUUCCAGAGUCAUUUUUAAAUCAUUUUUGUGAGAAGUUUGUGUUAUUUGCAACUUGUUGAGGAAACAGAAGAGUAGAUUGUAACCAUAAGACACUGCUAAGACUAGAACCCGAACUAAACACUAAAAUAAGAAUGAAAUAAGUUUUAAAGAAGGCAAGGCUUAAAUAAGCCUCAUGAAUUUUUAUAGCCCUCUGCAUUCUUCCCAAAGCACAAACUCGUGGUUACCUGAAUAUAGGGAACCAGAUAUGGUUCUUGAGAAACCCUCAUGGUACCAUUCACAGCCCAUAAAGUUUAUUUUCUAGGACUGUGUUAGAUCUUGAAAUCAUAUUUAUAUUUGGCCCUCAAGGCUAUUUUUGUUGCAUUAUAGUAUAUAGGCAGCAGCUCUGAAGCUUCAGUAACACUAAGAAAUUUAUGUGUAAAUAUAGCAGUCAGGGAAGAGAAUUUUAAAAAAGGUCAUUAUUGAAGAAGCUGAGGGGACAGGGUAGAGCUGCUGCAAUGUGGAGAUUUAGGGUAAUAUAGCAAGGUCCUGCUGCUUGAAGCCUGUGAGUGGGUUGUGGAUAUGGGACUGGUGGAGUGUGAGACUGUUAGGAAAGUUGUAUCUAUGAAUAAGGGCAGUUGAAGUAGAAUUUUUACCAGUCCACUUGACCUUCUUCUUCCCUAACCACUGGCUCUUGAGCCAGCUUGGGAUUUCCCUGGCCAUUGCCAAUACCUGGCCAUCUGGCUUCCAAUAGUACAAUGGCUACUCAAGUUCAAGCGAAGAACUUCCAGACUCUGGUGACUGUUACUUCCCAGAGCCAACCACUAGUGCAUAUGUCAGGGAAUCUGGGCUUCCAACAUGAACGGAUUCCUUAAGAAAAAGGAAAAAAAAAAAAAAAAAAAAAAAGAAAAAAAGAAAAAAAAAAAAGAAAAAAGAAAAAGAGAAAAAAGCAAAAUAGGUUAUAUUUUAAAAACAAUAGAAAGGCAAUAAGUUGCGAUAAGCUCUUACUAUUGACCAAGGUUAUACAGGAAAGAGACUGAAGUGUACCCUUGAAUAGGUUUUCUGUAGUCAGAGUUCUAAACUCUAAUUUGUAACUUGGACUUUCUAAUUGCAAAUGGCAAUAACUAUUAAGUUAUCAGCAAUAAUAAAUUUAGCAUUAAAUUUGAGUACAAUGUUUUGUUUUUGCACUCCCCAUAGUGCGUAUGUAUUAAGACCGUGGAUAGUGUUUAGGUCCUGUUAAUUUUCUUUGGAAUUCAAUGUGGUUGUGAAUCAAACUUAAGGAAGGAACGUUUAAAUAGCAAUGAAAUACAGAAUUAUGGGCCUUUGGAACAAGCCCGACUUCCCCUAAAUUCUCCUUAGUUUGUUAAUACCAGUAUUCAGAUUCCUGAUUCAUUUAUACAUCUGUUUCCAUAUGGCAGGGACAUUAUGAUACUUAAUGAAUAAUGCUUUGAGGAGUUCUGCAGUUAACUUUCAAGUCUUCCAGAUGAUUGUCAACAACAAAAAAGGCUUAUUGAAUCCCAUCUUGCUAUGCAAGUUUUAUCAGAUGAUCAAAUAGUAGAUCUGAUACAUCCCCACUGUAUGUAUGACAUUUUCAAACCAAGUCUUAACUUUUCAAGGACAUUUUAGUAGCUAAUUCAGGGGAGGGGGAAGAAUGAUGCAGGUUUUUAGAUUGACUGACUAUUUUUGAGCUAUGGGGCUCAUUUUGAAAGACUGCUGUCCAGAUCGGCUUGUUGCUACAGAUAAUAGAAGGUUCUUAUGAAUCCAAGUUGUAUAUUCACUUGUAGCAUAAUUUUAAAAUUAUUAGUUUUUUUUGCAUAUGAGCAAAAACCUUUUGCUGGAUACAGGAGAAGGUUGGACUUUAUCUACAGUUAUCUUUUGACUACAGCAACAGCUCUGGGUGAGAGUAGAAUUUAUAGAGGGAUAAUUUGUCAAGCCAUAGAAAGAAAAUCUAAAUUAAUCUAGUAAGUGUAUGACCUCUCACCAUUUUAAGAGGUAUCAGAUUCAUUUGCACUAUUAGGAAUGCUAGUUUUGUGCAAAAAUAAUGCCUUACCUGUUUUUUCCCCACAUUUAGGUUGAAAAGCUUUCAAAUGUUCCAAGUUAUGCUGAACCAAAAAACAAAACAAAAACAAAACAAAAAAUAUUUAAAAAAAACCCACACAAAAACAAAACACACAAAAAUAAAAAGCCCACACUUUUUAUUCCUGCUUCGAAAUGCAAAUGGAUAGAGCACGGUUUCUCUGACAGUAUAAUGAUGAUAGCUUUGUGAGUUAGUUUCAUGUCAUGCUGGGAACUCUGUAUGAGGUGGCCAUAAGCAGCAACCAGCCCAAACACCCACUUGCGUUCUAUUAGUAUGGAACCAUUUGCAUUUGUUUUUUUUAAGCUUUAUCUUUCCUUGUGCAUCCUGACCAAGAAAUAUCUUUGAUUAUGAUUAAUGUAUUAUGUCAAAAUGUAGGCUAGUUAAACUUUUGUAAAGUUGCCUGGAAUGUCAUUUGUUAGGUUAUAAACACAAGAUCUAAAUGAAGGGUUUUAUGUGUUGUGUACAAAUCUUAUUUUGAAAUGGACAAACUUGUCAUUACAUUUGUAACCUUGUACAGAGGAUUUUUCACUAUGUGCCUAGCUUGGUGUCCAUUCAGCUAAAAUUGAAAAAAAAAAAGGUGCAUGAAGAGUUAAAAAUCAAAUUAAAGUAUAUGUAGAGAUGACUAUUUUAUAUUACAUGACCCAAUCCUGUAUUUAUUUCUACCCCCUUUUUGAAAGUAUUUAUAAAACUAGUUGAGGACAGCUGUAUUUUUUUGUUGAACUAUUUAGUAGAAUUGUGCCUUUUUGUCUGUAUGUGAAUAAAUGCUGUACAUUUUGCAAUACA